AUGACAGCUACUAUUGGGCCAUUUGAUUUGUCUGAAACAUCGACUUAUGAUUCGCAAAUUCCAUCAUCGUGUAACACAAUUUCACCAACUAUUACUAAUUUGAAAAAUGAAAAUAGUUAUAAUAUUGAAGCACAAGAAAGUAAAAAGAAGAAAAAGAAAAAGGUGAGUUAUUGUAACUUAUUUUAAUUUGGUAAUGGUGUAAUUUGAACUAUUUUUUUGUUUUUAUUCAUUUUCACCUCGAAAACAAAACUAUUUUUACAUACAUAAAAAACUAAAAAUUCUACCCUAUAUUCCUAUUGAACACACCCAAAUCAUGAGAUACUUAUUUCGAACGAUCAUCAUGUUUUCUUCUUUGAAAAUAAUUAACAAAGAGAAAAAACGUUCUAAUGAUAAGUAUGAGAAUAUUUAUCAUCUGGCCUUGAGUGAAUGUUCUUCGUUGGAAAAUUUUUGGAUUUCGAUUUAAUCGAAAAAAAAUUCUGCACUUUGUGACUAAGGCUACGAUUUUAUGAAUCUAUAGUCUUCCAUCAUUAGGGAAAAUUCGCACUUUCGAAAAACAUGACCUUUAUCAAUGCAUGCCUAUCUUAUUUCUCAACCGGUCGACAUUUAUUCCAUUGGAAUGGGAAAAAAUGAACAAAAUUUAAUUGCAACAACAAAAAUGUUUGCAACGAGACUCCGCAUAAUGCCGCCCUGCCUGUUGUUUAUAGUAAUCCUACAUCAGUAUUAAUUUUUCUUUUUUUCACGUAUUUUCAAGCGAGGAAAUUGCUGAAAAAACUACGGUGCGAACCCCUACGUGUGUGGUGCAUUUGUGCGUCAGCGUGUUUGCACGCAAAAUGUCUCUGCGCAAUAGCGUCUCUCUUUUUCGCACGCUCUCUCUUAAAGGAAAUUUUUUCGAAAAAGCAAUAGGGUCCCGUCACGAAUACCGCGAGAAAAAAGUUACACUAAAUCCACCACUCGAACCUUAUUUCGAUGCAGUUUUUUACGUAGAUUCUAAUGAUGUAUAUAACUUUUCAUAUGGUUCAGCCAAUCUGAGUUUUUCCAUUACAAACGGUUCAUGUCCCUUUAAACUGGCGUUGCCGUCUCACACCCGUUCAAACAAUGAAAAAAUUAGAAAUUUCUUUCAUUCACACUGCGCCACAAUUUGCAAAGGAAUUAGCUAACUAAGUGGCAAAAAUAAAUAUACCAUUAGAAUCAGCGCAUCGAGAUCUGUGUGAGACUACGCAUUUCGAAAUUUUUAGGGUCCUGCGAAGAAAGUUAGCAAUCGCGACAAGACCCAACGCAUGAAAUUUUUCAUGCACCUUUAAUACUGUAGUGCGAAAUAUAACGGCGAACAGAGAGAAUUAGACAAAAGUGUUUGCACAGUUUUUUGUUUCGUUUUACAGUAGAAAACACUCAUUGCGUGGCUUGAACGGGUGUGGUCUUUUCUUCAGAAAAAAAAAUGCGUGUUUUGUCAACGUGUCGUUAUAGGCGCAAAUUCCUCUCUAAAUCGCGUUUCUUCUAUUCUCGAAAGAUAACGGGUAUGUUUCGCAUGUCAUUCUAUUGAUCUUGAUGAGUUAUACGUUCGUCGAUAUUGAUCCAGAGUCUGAGUUCUUGGGUAAAUACUUCUUCGGGAAUUUUUCUUCAGUGGUUUCUUUCUCAAAUAAUUAUAUGAUUUAAUAUUUAGCGAUGGAGAAUCAAGUAAGAGCACGGCAGAAAAAGCAAAAACGACACGAUGAUAGCAGAACUUCUGAAUUUUUGAUGGCCCGUGAGCCGGAAGUCGAACCUUCCGCAGGCGUUUUCGUUCCAAAUAUUUAUCCAACUCAAGUUACAAAAUCUAGUGAUGAUGAAGAUGAUGAUUAUAUAGCGCAUUUAAUUCCCGAUCCUGUUAGUACUUAAAUUUGUUCAGAUUAUCGAAUCUGAAAAAAAGAUUAGAACCCUUUUGUGUUGAAAAAUUCAAUGACAAAUAUAUUUUACAGAACGUUAAUCCCAAUGAUAAUUGGUUCAAAAGAACACAUAGCGCUUUGAAAGGUGAUAUAUCUUCGAUUUUAUUACUUCUAUUUUUAUACUUAUUGCAAGUAAGUUUCAUACUUUUUUUACCGUAAAUGUUUUUAAAUCAAUUAUUUUUUCAGGGAAUACCGCUAGGUUUAAUAGGAGCAAUUCCUCUUUUACUUUCAAGUAAACAUGUAUCAUAUGGAUCGCAGGCGAUUUUCUCAUUUGCCUAUUGGCCAUUCAGUUUGAAAUUAUUAUGGGCGCCAAUUGUCGAUUCUCUUUACUCGAAAAAAUUGGGACGAAGGAAAUCAUGGAUGGUCCCAUGUCAAUAUUUGAUUGGUGCUUUUAUGUUACUUCUUUCCUAUCGAGUUAAAGAUAUAAUGGGUGAUAACGGUAAGGUUUUUGGAUAGUGUGAUAUUAGAAAAUCUGUCCUUGAGUUCUACUAACUAUUUAAUCGAUUAAUUAAUUAAUUAAAUAAUUUGCAGGAGGUUCACCGGAUGUUGUUUUUCUGAUGUUGGUGUUUUUGCCAUUAAAUUUCUUGGCAGCCACUCAAGACAUUGCUGUAGAUGGAUGGGCAUUAACAAUGUUGUCAAAGUAAGCAAGAAUUCGUCGAAUUACAGAAUGACCUUCUGUUGUUUUUUAAAACCCCUUUCAAGGGCAAUAAAAAUGAUGACUAAUUAAAAACGUUAAUUGGUUUUAGGAAGAAUGUCGGCUACGCUUCAACUUGUAAUGCCGUUGGUCAAACUGCAGGAUACUUUUUGGGAAAUAUUGUGUUCUUGGCUCUUGAAUCCGCCUCAUUUUGCAAUGACUUUUUAAGAUCGGCUGAUAAUCAAAAAGAUACUGGAAUUGUUGAUUUAUCGGGUAAGAUUGAUAGAGAUUUUUAUUUUUCUUACAAUUAGUGACAAGGAAGGAAUUUUUAAAAGAAAUUAAUGUUAAAGUCGCCAAGACAAAAUUGAGUGAUUAGAUUUAACCUGUGAACUUCUCUCUAUCUGAAAUGUACAUGUCUAUUUUGAUAUUCCAAAUUUUUUUCUGAAAUAGUUUCUUCAAUUUUUCAUCAAAAUCUUCCCUUCUAAAAAACGUAUAGUGGGACCCUUAUGGUUGAAAAAAGUAUAUAGUUUACCCCAAGGGACACCAAAAAAACAAUAAAACAAAAAACUCUUUUACUCACUUCACUCAUCAACCCAUAAAACAACAGAGAAACGCAACUUUUUGUUUAGCGAUUUAGCAAAAAAAAAAAUAUCAUCCUUAGAGAAAUUUUAGAAAAAAAAUGGGGAAAAUGAUUCAGUUGGUUCUUCCGAUCCAAUAAAAUGUGUCAAACAAAUGCAUUUCACAACUCGUAUUUUUGUAUUGAUCAUAAACUGCACUCAUUCCAUAACCACCUCGUUCGCUCACAAUUACACUACUCCACCAAAAACCAAAACGCUCUUCAGCUUGUUGUUUGAGGUAUCUGAAAAUAGAUAGUGAAAUUGAAAAAAAAAUGACGUGUUGAAAAAGUCGUAAAUCUCGACCCGCUUUUUUUCCAACCAGAAAAAAUUGGGCUGUAAUUUUAGAGAGAGGUUUUUGAACAUUUUGGUUCAAUAGGAUUUGGGUGAAAAAUGGGUGUUGUUUUUUUUUUUGAAAAUGGGAGAUCACCUUUUUCUCGAAGUUUGGUCAGAUUUGAAAAGAAAGACGUGGCAAAGUUGAAAGUUUUAUUUAUUUGUUCUUGUCUGAAAAUUUAUAAUCUAAUUUAAAUUUUUUGCUACUUCGUAGUUCUUUUUUCAUAUAAGUUCUUGAACUUCAUCCGGAACUUCAUCCCAGUUGUAAUUUUCGCUAAGUUCUUUCAUUAAAAAAUUGGACUUAUUCAAGUAUAUUUUGAACAGAACAUGUCAAUUCUUUUCAAAAGUCCAGAACAUUUUUCUCUGAAUCUGACAGUUUUAUUUAUAGACAAGGAAUUAUUUUUUCUUAAAACACCUACUUUGCCUGAUAACUGUAUUGAUGUGGAUACAAUCCGACGGUUUCCAAAAUUAACUCUUUCAAUUUUUCUGACUUGCAAUUGAUCUGAUUACCUAAAAAGAAACAAGUUAAUUCUAGUUAGACUUCAAAAUUCUAAAUUCUCACCUGCUUGCGAAUAAUUCGCCAAACAGCAAACGAAAAUUAGGGCGAAAGCGAUAAGAAAUCGGAGGAUUGUCAUUUUUUGACUGGCUGGCUCGCUGAAAAUGGUUUUGGAGCAAAAAAAAGUGACGAAAAAUCGAGAAAAGAAGGCGGAGUUGAAGCUAACUUUGAGUUGAGUUGGAGUUUCGAAUGAUGUUUCAAAUGGAAGUGUCUGGGGAAAUAUGAGAAAAGAAUAAAAAGUGUUCGGAUUUUUUAGUGGCGGGGGUGUACUUUUAACUGACUGACUACAGACAGAAAAAUGAAAAAAUGAAAGUCGUAGAAUCAAAGAAUGAAGUUAUGACGUGUCAAAAUCUAGAUGUUUUUGGGUACUGAAAAUUUCAAUUUUUUUCUAUAUUUUAACAAUUAUCGCCUCUGAAUACUCUAUUAUUGUUCUUUUUUACAAAAAUGGGAAUUCUUCUCAAUUUAUAACUGAGACUACAAUGAAACAAAACUAAAAUAGAAAAGUCCAAAAUUCAGAGAUUCCCCGCGGGUCUAAACAUAAUAAUAAAUAAACGACUUUUGUUUAUUAUGUAUUUGAAAUUUGAUGCCAAUUGGUCACUCACUAUUUUAAAAAUUUCAAAAAUAAUAAACAACAUCCACAUCAAACUUUUGCAGGCUAUGUGUUCUUCUGGGGAUGGGUAUUCAUUGUCACAACAACAUUGGUCUUGAUUUUGAAACGUGAAGUCGACAAAUCUGUGCCAGCUCAAGAAGGUGUUGAAAAACACGAGGAAGACGAAGAACUCGAACUUGGUGUAACUGAAUCAUAUCUUGUGCUAUGGAAAAUUUUGAGACUUCGACCAAUUCAUUAUAUGGUUGCAAUUUUGUUGACUGGAAAAUUGGCAUUUGCCGCAACUGAUGGAAUGACAAGUUUGAAAUUGAUUGGAAUGGGAAUACCGAAAGAUCGAUUAGCAAGUAUUGGUGUAUUCUUAACACCGAUGCAAAUUUUAUUGCCAUGGAUGAUUGGAAAAUGGACAGCUGGUCCAAGACCUCUCAAUAUUUUCCUCCUCGCUUUCCCAUAUCGUAUUUUCGUUGGUGGAGUUUUUGCUGCUUUGGUUUGGUGGACACCACAUUUCAGAAAUACUGAUGGAUCAUUUGAAUAUGGUGUAUAUUUGGUAUGGAUUGGUGGAUAUUUAUUCCAUCAAUUGGCUACUUAUUGCAUGUUUGUAUCGAUGAUGGCGUUUAUUGCACAGAUUUCGGAUCCAAGAAUUGGAGGAACUUAUAUGACACUUUUGAACACUUUGAAUAACUUGGGUGGAAAUUGGCCGGUUACUGUGGUUUUGUCGGUGACCGAUAUGUUUACAUAUAAAGAUUGUGUUGUGAAGGGAACUAAAACGUGAGUUUGAAAUUUUUUAUCAAAAAAAUAUGAUUUUUGAAUUUGAGCGAAAAAAAUUAUUUCGACCGAUAAUGUUUUUUCUUCACCGAAUCAGAUUGCUCAAAAAUUAUGCAUAAUAUUUUUCAGCGUUUCGUAUGCUUGCAACACGAAAGAACUCGCUGAUCAAUGCGCAGCUGGUGGAGAUGUUUGUGAAGUUGCAAUUGAUGGAUAUUUCAUUUCAGUCGCCGCAUGUUCCGUUAUCGGUAUUAUUUGGUACAAAAUAUUCUUUAACAAAAUCAAAUAUCUUCAAAAGAUUCCUCGAAGUCAAUGGAAGGUUUUCGGUACAAGAGCAAAUUAA